AUGGGAAUCUAUGCUGGCUCAGGCUGGCCUUGGUGGUCUCCAGUUUUCUCACCCGCUAUGCAAGCAAACGCGGUCUUCGCGGCUGCUGGAGGGCCCUUCCAAAAUCUGGUUCGGAGGCUUGAGGUCUUCAAGCAGAAGGUCGCUAUGCAAGAUGCCUUUCUACGAUCUGGUGUCAAGGAGAACCUAUCCAUGUCCAUCAAUCGCCUUGAGGUAGCACUACUUCAGCUGUACAAGCUUGCCGUCUUCAUCCGUGGGGAGCCUGGUGGUGAUGACAUGCAAAAGAUGAUGAUCCUUGAACAGUGCUCUCGAGCCUUUUCAGGCUCUCAAGCUGCCUCUCAGACUGGUUUCGAUCAGGUCAAUAGCAUCUAUACACAGGCCGCGUCUUUGCAUGCGGAAGAAUUCCUGCAGUUGCAGCGGGAAAUCGAGCGUGAGUUAGAGCAAACUAAGAUGGACUGGGAGAACGGCCGGCGUCAGUUGGAGCAAUAUCAACAUGAUGUUGAAAGAUGUUCCCGCCAGCUGGAGGAUGCUUCUAAUGCUCUCCGUCAAGCACACGACAACGUGCCUGACAUCGGCAACGACAUUGGGAAGGCGUUCUUUUUCUUGGGUCCGGCUUGGGGUGAGAUGGAGAAUAAUCAGCGGAGAGUUGAAGAAGCCAGAAACAGAGUGAAUGCUGAGCAGGAUCAACUUCAGAAUUCCCACCACGCUCUCAUGCAGGUUCUAAACCAACAGAACGAACUCAACACUAGGCGCGCCGCCAUUGAACAAGUGGCUCAACAGCUUCCUGUCCUACAAGCAACAGCUGAUGCGCUUAACACACAGUCCGCUGCACUCCUGGCUGGAUUCACUGAGCUCAGGGAGAAGGCAACACAACUCUGCCAGAUGGCACUUAUUGACGGUCGUGUUUGCGACGAGGUCGAGACCAUCACCACUGAGAUCUCCAGUGGAUACUCUGGUCAGGUACCAGGCAGUGUUGCCGACCUCUUGACUAAGGUUGGACAGUUUGCUAGGGAUGUAGCUCAGAAGAGUAUUUCUGGGUAA